ACAGAAGAGAAGCGCAUUAUAAGCCAUUUGCAAUUUACCUCUUGGCCAGACCAUAAUACUCCCAAGCUGGCUGAGCAGCUUAUAAAAUUUAUUUGUUACAUGAGAAAAGCUCACAGUACAGGACCUAUUGUUGCUCACUGCAACACUGGCAUUGGGAGAAGUGGAGUUUUGCUGUGUGUUGAAGUUCUGCUCAGCUAUAUAGAAAAAGAUUUAUGUUUUCACAUCAAGCAGGUAGUGAGAGAUCUGAGAGAUCAGCGUUUCGGCAUGAUCCAAACUAAGGAUGAGUAUUUAUUCUGUUAUGAAGUUGUGCUGGAAGUCCUUCAGAACCUUCAAGCAAUGGAUUCCUACUGA